GUGAAUAACGCCCGUCAUCUCGAAUCACUGGUAGACGCCAGGAUAUGAACAAGCAUAUGCCGUCCCCGAUCUCAGCCUAUAUCAAACAUUGACAGCUGCUUGCCGUGAAGCUUGUGCCAACUUCAGGCACUAGGCCCGGCCGGCACCGAAGCCGUUGAGUUUAUGGGGCAGGUGGACAGCAAGGGUUGUUGUCAAUGAAAAUCUGCCGAGCUUCUUUUGCAAAAUGCAUUUCCGCAGGGUUCUGCGGUGCCGCACUUUCCACGUCAUGGUCCGCUUCACGAGUUCUGGGGGAAGUGGGAAGGGAUAAUCUAGCGGCCUUGUCUCCGCAAGACGCGUUUGUUCCAAGACGCCGGCGAGGUAUGACUACUCUGCUCUUCUUGACCCGAGUCUCGUGCUGUGAGGGGUGGUCUGACAGCUCAAACGAUUCGGAUGUCGGCAGCAAUACGCCAAUAAGACAAGGGCGCGGUUGAUGCUUGGGCAGAGGCUCGUGCACAAGGCUGAAGGGAAAAUUGGGUCAAGCUCGGA